CUGCCCUGUGCCAAACUAUACGAAUAGACCACGGAGGAGAGCACCGUGGCGGCUAUGGAGACCAUCACGGUCGUUAUGCGGGAGACCAUGGCGGCGGAGGAUACGGGGGUGGGCGAGGCGGGGGACGAUACGGUGGGAAUGGUGACCACCGCUCACUACCACGGGGUGGCUUCAGAGGCGCGAACGACUUUAGAGGUGGCCGAGGACACUUCCGUGGUAUGAUGUGUUUGAGACCUGCUGUGCUUUCAUCUAAGAGUCCUCUUUGAGUCGCCUGUACUUUAGAUAGUUCUAAAAGCAGUAUGGGACAUGAUGUUCAGCUAGACCGGUCUGUAGAGAGCUCAUAUCGAUUCCAUCAAGGUUGAUUCCAAACCCUAAAUAAACACACACCCCAUAUCACUCAUUUGCUC